AUGAAUCAGCAUAAUAUUCCAUUCAAUUCUUCAAUGUCAUCUUUUAUGUCGGCUGCAAGUCAACCCUCCGUUUAAGAUUCUGAGUUUAACUAAAAUACAUAAUAUAGUCCUGAAUAGUAAGACUAUUGUUGGCAAAUGAUUAAGAUUAAUGGAUAGCCUCCAACAACUAGAAAUUGUCAUUCUUCUACCUAAUUUGGGCAGUACUUGAUCAUAUUUGGGGGUCGCGAGGGUGAUGGAAAAAAGAGGAUUGUCAAUGACAUCUACAUAUUCGACACAGAGAAAUCCAAUUGGUUUCAACCUAAAAUUGACAAGUCAAAACUGCCGUAACUCAGAAUGGGGCAUUCAAGUCAGCUUUGGAAGGGUACUCAUAUUAUCAUUUAUGGUGGCUGGAACGGUGCACAAGUUCUCUCUGAUGUGAUCUUUAUAGAUCUGAGAAAGGGAAUCGAUAAAUUACAAAUUGUAAUCCCUUCAAUGAUAAGGGGUGAAGCUCCAAUGAGAUAAUUUCACACUGCUAAUAUUAUAGAUAAUUAGAUGUAUGUAUUCGGUGGUGGAGAUGGAAAGUAUUGGCUUAAUGAUUUGCUGAUAUUUGAUCUUGUUAAUUUAGAAUGGAGUGGGCCAGUUUAGACCAAUGGUAUUGCUCCAGUUGGAAGACUUCAGCAUUCAGCCAUUUCGUAUGAAAAAAAAAUAUUCAUUUGUGGAGGAGAGCCUGAUCAGUUCAGAUAGCUCAAUGAUAUAUUUUACCUAGAUACAAGCAAUCUAACUUGGUCCAAGCCACAAGUUACCGGAGAUGAGCCUAGUGCUCGGGUUUCAACAACUGGUUGUCUCAUCGAUUCAAGAAUAUACUAUUUUGGAGGGUAUGAUGGUGUUUAGUGGAUGAAUGAUGUGCACGUCUUUGACAUUGAAAAUAACCGAUGGUCGAAAAUAGAGACCUAUGGCUAUAAACCUAGACCCAGAUGCAGACAUACAGCUAACAUAGUUAAAGGCUAGCUCUACAUCUUUGGAGGAAAUGAUUGCGAGUUAAGCUUUAAUGACAUAUUAGCCUUGCCAAUAGGGGUUUAGGUCCCAGAGCCAACAAUCUUAAAAGAUAUGAUUGGAAUGCUUGAGAAUGGAACAUUUGCUGAUGUAACUUUCGUGCUAGGUGAGAGCAGAAUAAAAGCUCAUAAAUGCAUCCUUGCAUCUAGAUGUAGUUUCUUUGCUAGCAUGUUCACUGUGGGAAUGAGAGAGUCCUAAGAAUCUGUAAUCACAGUUUAGGACAUAAGUGCCUCAACUUUCAAGAAGCUCCUAGAAUUCAUUUACACUGACUCAUUCUAGUUUUAACACCUAGGACAAGAUCAAGUCAUAGAUGUGAUGGUUGCUGCAAAUAGAUAUGGUCUUGAUAGACUAAAGAGACUUUGUGAAAAGUUCCUGGUUAAACACAUUGACCUGGAUAAUGUUAUAGAGUUAUUGUAUCUUAGUGAUAUGCACCAAGCCAUUGAAUUAAAAAGAAUGUGCAUCAACUUUACAAUGGCAUACUUCGAUAUAGUUACUAAGAAAGAGGAGUUCAAGAAGCUGUCAAAGAGUAUCCUACUUGAGUUACUUCAAAACAAAUGA